UCUUCACUUUUGUGCUCUUUAUUUUCAUUGAUUAUUGAUUUGGAUAUUAUUGCUUGCUUUUAGCCUUUGUUUGUUCUGUGUUUUGUCUUUCGGUUCGCUCAAGAAUCCCAGUACUUCAAUACCAUGUCAUAAAGUAACAUUGAUAGCUAGACAUGUAAUUCAAAUCUGGUUCUUUUGGUCUUUCUUCAUGGUGUUGUGAAUUCUACAUUCAUGCGAUUAUCUGUUCAAACGUCUUAAUUGCAGUUAUAUACAUAAGUGCACAUCACUUCAACAACAACAACAACAUACCCAGUAUAAUCCCACAAGGUGAAGUCUGGGGAGGGUAUAGAGUACACAGACCUUACCCUUACCUUGAUAUGUAGAGAGACUGUUUUUGAUAGACCCUCGUCUCAAGAGAAGAUGCCAAGACAACAAUAAUAAUAGACAGUAGUAGUAGCAACAUAUAAUAAGAUAAAUGAAGUUAAAGAAGGAAAAAGUGCACAUCACUUAUUUGAUAAAAUAUUGUUCCAACUUUAAAACAGUGAUGAAUUGAUGAUUUGAUUCUACGUCUAAGUUACUCGGACUCUUUACUUUCGGUGCCGCACCCGUGUCGACACGAUGUGGGUGUGGAAUCCGUACCCAAUCUGGUCAACCGAUUUUCGGUACUUUGACCAGCAUCGACGACAACAAUAACAUACCUAGUGUAGUCCCACAAGUGGGGUCUAGGGAGGGUAAGAUGUUGGGGUCUGGCGAGGGUAAGAUAUAUUCAAACCUUACCUCUACCUUUAUGGGAUAGAGAGGCUGUUUCCGAUAGACCCUCGGCUAAAAAACGUAGUCAAAUGCAGAAAUGUAAGAGAAGUAAGAUAACAGAAUAUGAAGAUACUUUGACCAACAUCGACAGAAAAAUCCCGAACAGAUUCAAUAUAUUUAUGUCAUCAGAACAAAAGCUAAGGUGAAAUUGAAGAAAAUGAAAUACCGUGUAGGUAGAAAUUUCUAUGUCACUCCUUUUCCCUUUAUCUCCUUUCGAGAUUCUCCUCAAGUUUUCCACGUAACAUCUCAUAGUUUAGGUUUUAUAACUCUAUUUUUAGAUAUUUGAAUUAUUUUUAGCUGAAUCCCCGCACCCCAUAUCCAUAUUUGGAUUCGUAUCCUCAACUCUUAAAUUUUAGAUCAUGAAGGAUCCGACCUCUAGAUCUGCACCCAGGUCGGGCACUCGCACCCGAGUCCGAGCAACUUAGUUCUACGUAUAACAUAUUUUAAACUUAUAUGACACAGCGUUGUGAAAGGCGAGCGCCUUGUCGCCAAAGGCGAGAGGCGUGGAGAGGCGAAGCACUGCCGCCUUUUACGUGAGAGGCGAUGGCACCUUCAAAAGGCGAGCCAAAGGCGCUAAGGCGAGGCAAGACGGAAGGGGUGGCCUUUUUAAAAAAAAAUGAAAUUGAAGGAAACUUAAAUGAUAUUACUAUAUUAUAUAAGAGCAAAUGUGAGGACUUUUGUAGUCCUCACAUAAUUUCCCAAUUUUUUAAAAACUUUUUAAUUAAUUACUUUUAUGUCCUAAUCUUAUUUAUUUAAGUUAAUUUUUUUGUUUUUUAUUUUUAAAGUAUAUUUUUCAAAAGUUAUCGAAUCUGGGGACUUUUGUAGUCCUCAUAAUAAUUUUCAAAUUUUUGUAAUUUUUUUUAAUUAAUUACUUUUAGGUCCUAAUCUUAUUUAUUUAAGUCAAUUUUUUUGUUUUUUAUUUUUAAAGUCUACUUUUCAAAAGCUAUCGAACCUCCUACCUCAUUUUUCACGUUCUUUGAUUUUCUGAUUGGUGCUCGAUAUCCGCAUUUGAGUCCAAUUAAUUCAGAUAAUUCGCACUGUAUCGCGCCUAUUCGGGGGGAGCGCUUCCUUCAAAGAUUUUUUUCCAUAUCCAUGUUCGAACCCCUAAUCCCUAAUUAAGAAAGGAGCAGCUCCAUCCGCUGCAUAAGUUAAAUUAUGUAUUUGUCUUAAAAGUUUAUUAACUAUAUAUAGAUUAUUUAUUUAGAACUAAAUAACUUCAAAAAAUUAGGAUACAUAAGUUAUAAUGUCAAAUUCUCGCUCCAAAUUUGAUUUGAAUUAAAUAAUUUCAUCAAAAUGGAAGUUAAAAUAUUAAAGGAGUGGAAUGAAAAUUUUGCUUUCAUAUAACUACCCACUUGUGGGACUACAAUGGGUAUAUGGUUGUUGUUAUUGUACACUUGUACUAACACAAAUUAUAUUUCUUUAAUUAAAAUAUCUAUUUUUAUAUCUUGAAUUUGGGCCCGGAUUUAGCACGAGCCUCACAUAACUAGUAUAUAUAUAUAUAUAUAUAUAUAUCUUAUAACAGCGCAGCCAGGGUUUUAUGUACGCAUACUCCUCUCUUCUCCUUCAGGAAGAAUGUCUCCAUCAGACACAAGCCAAGUAUCAAUUGCUGAUGAAGAUAUAAUUAGUGAUUUGCCACGGAAUGUAAUAGAUUGCAUUCUUGGGAAACUGCCCAUACGUGAAGCUAUACGAACGAGUGUUCUGUCCAAGAAGUGGAGAUUUUACUACUUAACCAUCCCACAUUUAGUGUUUGAUUACAAGUUCGGCCGAGAGCUUUGUGACUUUCUCGCAAAGAAGAAUUGUGGUAAAGUUUCCGAAUCUGAGCUCAAGUACCAAUAUAAUGAAAUUGUCACCAAAUCUCUUAUGCUUCAUCCUGGCCGAAUAGAGAAAUUUGAAGUGAGCAUUCCUAAUUCAAAGUCAAGGGAGGUUCCUGAUGGCGGUUCAGUUGUGGUUCAUGGUGUGGACAAAUGGAUACAAUAUUUAUCUGAGAGGAGCAUCAAGAAAUUAACCUUAAUAUGCAAUAAUGAUUUAAAAUAUCGUCAUAAGUUACCUCCUUAUUUCUUUUCUUGUCUAGAGUUGACAUUCUUGAAGCUCCAGAAUUUUGUUCUCUCGCCUCCAAUAGAGUUUAAACGCUUUCUAAAUCUCUACCAAUUACAACUUAUUGGGGUUGACUUUGCAAACAGCUGUUUUGAAAGUUUUCUUUGCAGCUGCCCCGUUCUUAAAAGGCUAAGCUUGCAUCGUUGCUCUGGUAUUCAUCAUUUUAAUAUCAGAGGUACUAAUCUUAAAAGUUUGUUCAUCGAGGCUGAUGAUAAGUUAAAAUCAAUCUCCUUAGAGAAGGCUCCUAACUUGUCUGAAGUUUCUGUUUAUCUGAAGAGAGUUGUAAUAGGUCUGGAAGGCAAUUAUGUCUCUCAUUUGGUUAUGUUUGUGGGUAGCUUGCCUAAUGUCAAAUUACUUCGUCUUGAUGGAAAGUGUCUUCAGCUCCUAGCUGAACCUCCAGUUCCGACUAUGAUAUCAAGAUCUCCAUACUCUCUAAAGAUACUUGAACUCAAAAGUUUAAACUUUAUGGACUUCGAUCAAAUAUCUGUUGUUGUCUGCUUGCUGAGAAGUGCUCCGAAUUUGCAUGAACUUUAUAUUGAGGCUUCAACUCUCAAGAUAAAUCAGGAACAAGUCUCUGGUUAUCUCAAACUCCUGGAUUGCGCAGAUUUUCCGCUUAGGAAUCUUCAUCUGGCCAAAUUAACGAAAAUCUCGUUUUUCGAUCCUGAGCUUCAGUUUAUGGUGUUCCUUCACCGUAGCACGCCAUCACCCUUGACAAUGAUCAUCCAGAGCUUGAAGCAGGAGAGCUAAAAAGUUGAGCUGCCUCAGUAAACAUAAGUAUCAUAGUGUUAGUUUCAGGGAAUUAACAAUUGUAACAGAAUUAUUUAACUUUUUAAAGUAUUAAUCCUGCUGCAUGACUUGUAUUGGUUUUUGCUUCCAAUUCUUCUGGUUUGCUAAGUUAAAGAUUCAAAUGAAAUUCGGUAAUUCAUUCUCUUUUAUACUACAUAUAUAUUCUUCAA